CGGAAACGCCUCCGGGCGGAAACCGGUGCCGGGCUCUUGGAGUUCCGGGGUGGCCGAAGCGGCGAGAAGGGACGAGCGUGGCGCAGAGAGAGAGAGACACACAGAGGGAGACAGAGAAGCGGAGGACGCGCGCGGAUUGGCUCAAUCCCCUCGUCACGGAGAAGGGGCGGGGCCUAAGCCAGGAUUGAGGCUCCGCCCCCUGGCUCUCUCUCUCUCUCCGCGAAGGAAGGCCCAGACUGACGCUGCAGAAGAAGCCCGGAUCCUCCAUGUCCCAUCCGUUCCCGGCCGGCCGUGAGAAACUCCAGAUCCCAUGACCCUGGAGAUGGACGUGGUCCUCUCCGACUUUGUCCGCUCAACGGGGGCAGAGCCGGGAUUGGCAAGAGACCUGCUGGAAGGGAAGAACUGGGACCUGAGCGCUGCCUUGAGUGACUUUGAGCAGCUCCGGCAAGUCCAUGCGGGGACCCUGCCCCACCCCUUCCCGGAAGGGCGCCCCUUCAAGCCCCCCGAGAAGGAGGCCCCACGACCCACGCGGCCCGUCCUCCAGCGCCAGGAUGACAUCGUUCAGGAGAAGCGCUUGUCCCGCGGCAUCUCCCACGCCAGCUCCACCAUCGUCUCCUUGGCGCGCUCCCACGUCUCCAGCAACGGCGGCAGCAAUGGCGGCAGCAACGGCAGCGGUGGCGAACAUCUCCUGGAGAUGCCCAUCUGCACGUUCCAGCUACCGGACUUGACUGUCUACAACGAGGAGUUCCGGACGUUCAUCGAGCGGGAUCUCAUUGAGCAGUCGAUGCUGGUGGCCUUGGAGCAGGCCGGUCGGCUCAACUGGUGGGCCAACGUGGAUCCCAGCUGCCAGCGGCUGCUUCCUUUGGCCACGACGGGAGACGGGAACUGCCUUCUUCACGCGGCAUCGUUAGGGAUGUGGGGUUUCCACGACCGGGACCUGAUGCUCCGCAAAUCCCUUUACACCCUGAUGGAUAAAGGGGCCGAAAGGGAGGCUCUGAAGCGGCGCUGGCGCUGGCAGCAGACGCAGCAGAACAAAGAGUCCGGCCUGGUCUAUACGGAAGAGGAGUGGCAGAAGGAGUGGAACGAACUCAUCAAGCUGGCCUCCAGCGAGCCACGCAUGCACUACGGCACCAACGGCAGCAAUUGCGGCGGGGUGGAAGGGUCCGAGGAGCCCGUCUACGAGAGCUUGGAGGAGUUCCACGUCUUCGUCUUGGCCCACGUCCUCAAGCGGCCCAUUGUGGUGGUCGCCGACACCAUGCUGAGGGAUUCCGGAGGGGAAGCGUUUGCUCCCAUCCCCUUUGGCGGCAUCUACCUGCCCUUGGAGGUCCCCGCCAACAAGUGCCACCGCUCCCCGCUGGUGCUGGCCUACGACCAGGCCCACUUCUCGGCCUUGGUCUCCAUGGAGCAGAAGGAGUCCAGCAAGGAACAAGCCGUGAUCCCGCUGACGGACUCCGAGCACAAGCUGCUUCCCGUCCACUUUGCGGUCGACCCCGGGAAGGACUGGGAGUGGGGCAAAGACGACAGCGACAACGUCAAACUGGCAAGCGUGACGCUGUCUCUGGAAGCCAAGCUCCACCUGCUGCACAGCUACAUGAAUGUCAAGUGGAUCACGUUGCCUUGCGACACACAGGCACCGCUGGCACAGCCGGAGUCCCCGACCGCUUCCGCCGGGGACGAUGCCCGCUCCGCCGCAGACUCGGGCGAUUCGGACAAGGAGUCGGUUUGCAGCAGCUCGGCCAGCAACAGCGGGGGCAGCAAAAGCGGCGGCGGUAAAGACAAAGAGAAGGACAAGCCGAAGAAGGACCGGGAGAGGGAGAAGGAGAAGAAGCGGGCCGACUCGGUGGCCAACAAGCUGGGCAGCUUCGGCAAGACUCUGGGGAGCAAGCUGAAGAAGAACAUGGGGGGCCUGAUGCACAGCCGGACCGCUAAGGGCGCCGGACUGGCCAACGGUCAAGGGGACGCCACGCUGGAGAAGAAGCAGAAGAAGCAGAAGGGCUCCAUCAAGGUGAGGAAAGGCAGCAAGGACGAGGGAGCCUCUGCCGGGGAGUCGGAGUCCCCCUCGGAGAGGUCGUGUCCGGCCAAGGCGGCCUCGGAGAAGCCCGCGGACACCUCUUACAAGUAUGGCAGUGACGUCAAGCUCAGCUUGAGCAUCCUUCGGGCCGCCAUGCAAGGGGAGCGCAAGUUCAUCUUCACCGGACAGCUGAAGACCAGCCACCGGCACCAAUACCAGGAGGAGAUGAUCCAGCGGUACCUGGCCGAUGCCGAGGAGCGGUUCUCAGCUGAGCAGAAGCAAAGGGAGGCUGAGAAGAAGAUGGCGGCUCUCGGCAACGGCAGCGGGAGGAGGCCAGAUUCGGAGUGCAGCCCUCUCCGAGGAGAGGACACCUUACCGAAUCCUACCUACUCCCCGCCGGCGCUCUCCCCCUACGCAAUCCAAAGCCCCGAACAGGCCGCCAUCGGGGCCAAGAUGGCUGGCUUCCCCACGAGCCACUCGGGGGUCUUCACCAUCCCUCGCCCCUCUAUGAUGAGCAGUGUGGAGAGCGCACACCCACCCAGCUACCAAGAGGGUCGGCGGCAGCUUGCUGGCGGCCCCUGCGGCCCUCUCCCUUCCUACGCCACGUUGCCCCGGCAUUGCGCUCAAGGGCGGCCCCCUCACCUUUACCAAUCCGGCCCUCCGCACUUAGGUGGCCGCUUCUCCCCGACGGACACGGACUUGCUGCCGAGUUACCGGGGGCUGGACUGCGAGGGCUCCCCCUGCCCAGUCUCUCCUAGCAAUGGAUACCGGGAGUACCAUGAGCCGGGCGGCGGCGGUAGUGGCGGCUCUCCGAAAAGCAUUGUCGUCGACCCGAACAAAGCCCGGUUCCUCUACGGCGGCGUUCAGCAAACCAAAUGCAAACAGCCGAACUGCAGUUUUUAUGGGCACCCAGAGACUGGGAAUUAUUGCUCCUGUUGCUACAAGGAGGAACUGAAGCGGAAAGAACGGGAGCCGGGGGCCUUGACGCACCGCUUCUGAGGGCCCCUGGUGUCUGGACCCACGGGUGCUGUGGGGAAUGCAAUAAUUCCCUCUCCUUCCAUCCCUUCCCACAUCCCGUUAUUCCCCGCCUCAUUCAGGAGGAGAGAUCGGUCAAUUAGGGUUUCCCGCGUGUGGCUUGUUUGCAGACGGAGCCGACGCUGCAACAAAACGUCGUGGGAAACGCAUGGAAAGCGUCAGGAUGCUGUCCUUGGUGUACGAAGUGGGGGCGGAGGGAGCCGUGUGCCGGAGUUGUGAUUGCGUGGGGAUUUGGUGAACGUUCUGCUUGUCUGAAGCUGAAACUCCAGAGAGUAUCGCGCGAUGUUGUUAAAGUGAUGUCAUUGCACUUGCGCCAGGGAUUUGGGGAAUGUUCUGCUUAUCCGAAACUUCAGAGAGUUUCGCACAAUGUUGUUAAAGCGCUGUUGUUGCACUUGCGCCGGAGUUGUGAUUGUGUGAGGAUUUGGGGAACGUUCUGUUAUCCGAAACUCCAGAGAGUAUCUGAAGCUGAAACUCCAGAGAGUAUCGCGCGAUGUUGUUAAAGCGCUCUCGUUGCACUUGUGGUGGGAUUUAGAGAACGUUCUACUUAUCCGACACACCAGAGAGUAUCGUACGAGGUGGUUAAAGCACUUAACCUCUCGUCUUUCAAAGUCUCACUCAACUAGAAAGCCCAGAGUUUCCAUAGCGGUUGAAGUGAAACAACAACGCAUUAACAGUGCCGUGCGAGAAUCUCUUAUGCAAGUGAUUAGACCAGGCUUGGCCAACUUGGACCCUCGAAAUGUUUUGGACUUCAACUCCCACAAUUCCUCACAGUAUCAGGUCCUUUCCUUUUCCUCCACAGCCGCUUAAGCCUUUGUUUACAUUCAGAAGGACAAAACGAGGGACUUCCUUUCCGAAUCCUGGAUGAGCCCCCAUUUUUCACUUAAGCGGCUGAGGGGGAAAAAGAAGGGACCGAGGCUGUUAGGAAAAGAGACCCUCAAAGGUCAUCUAGACCAGAAAUGGGCAAACUUCGACUCUCCAGGCAUUUUGGACUUCAACUCCCACAAUUCCUAACAGCCUUGGGUCCUUUCCUUUUCCCUCUCAUCCGCUUAAGCCUUUGUUUACAUUCGGAAGGACAAAACGAGGGACUUCCUUUACGAAUCCUGGAUGAGCCCCCAUUAUUCACUUAAUGGGGGGAAAGGAAGGGACCUGAGGCUGUUAGGAGAAGAGACUCUCAAAGGUCAUGUAGACCAGGAAUGGGCAAACUUCGACUCUCCAGGGAUUUUGGAAUUCAGCUCCCACAAUACCUCACAGUAUCAGGUCCUUUCCUUUCCCUCCUCAGCCGCGUAAGCCUUUGUUUACGUUUGGAAGAACGAAACGAGGGACUUCCAUUCUGAAUCCCGGAUGAGCCCCCAUUAAAACGAGGGACUUCCUUUCCGAAUACCGGAUGAGCCCCCAUUAAAACGAGGGACUUCCUUUCCGAAUCCCGGAUGAGCCCCCAUUAAAACGAGCGACUUCCUUUCCAAAUCCCGGAUGAACCCCCAUUAAAAACGAGCGACUUCCUUUCUGAAUCCCGGAUGAACCCCCAUUAAAACGAGCGACUUCCUUUCCGAAUCCCGGAUGAGCCCCCAUUAAAACGAGCGACUUCCUUUCUGAAUCCCGGAUGAGCCCCCAUUAAAACAAGGGACUUCCUUUCUGAAUCCCGGAUGAGCCCCCAUUCAAACGAGGGACUUCCAUUCUGAAUCCCGGAUGAGCCCCCAUUCAAACGAGCGACUUCCUUUCCGAAUCCCAAAUGAGCUCCCAUUAAAACGAGGGACUUCCAUUCUGAAUCCCGGAUGAGCUCCCAUUAAAACGAGGGACUUCCUUUCUGAAUCCCGGAUGAGCCCCCAUUAAAACGAGCGACUUCCUUUCCGAAUCCCGGAUGAGCCCCCAUUCAAACGAGUGACUUCCAUUCUGAAUCCCGGAUGAGCUCCCAUUCAAACGAGGGACUUCCUUUCCGAAUCCCGGAUGAGCUCCCAUUCAAACGAGGGACUUCCAUUCUGAAUCCCGGAUGAGCCCCCAUUCAAACGAGGGACUUCCUUUCCGAAUCCCAAAUGAGCUCCCAUUAAAACGAGGGACUUCCAUUCUGAAUCCCGGAUGAGCUCCCAUUAAAACGAGGGACUUCCUUUCUGAAUCCCGGAUGAGCCCCCAUUAAAACGAGCGACUUCCUUUCCGAAUCCCGGAUGAGCCCCCAUUCAAACGAGGGACUUCCUUUCUGAAUCCCGGAUGAGCCCCCAUUCAAACGAGCGACUUCCUUUCCGAAUCCCGGAUGAGCCCCCAUUCAAACGAGGGACUUCCAUUCUGAAUCCCGGAUGAGCCCCCAUUCAAACGAGGGACUUCCUUUCCGAAUCCUGGAUGAGCUCCCAUUAAAACGAGGGACUUCCUUUCCGAAUCCCGGAUGAGCUCCCAUUAAAACGAGCAACUUCCUUUCCGAAUCCUGGAUGAGCCCCCAUUCAAACGAGGGACUUUCUUUCUGAAUCCCGGAUGAGCCCCCAAUAUUUACUUAAGUGGCUGAGGGGGAAAAGGAAAGGAAGGGGCCCGAGGCUGUUAGGAAUUGUGGGAAUUGAAGUCCAAAACACGUGGAAGGCCCAACUUUGUACUUCCAUGCUUUAGACCAAAGCAUUGUGUUUGUAGAACUGAGGUGGGCGACGGCGAAGCAUCCUUUCCUUCACAUCGGAUCAAAUUCGAUUUGCCCCCGAUUUGAUUUUAGUUUUUCUUUCAAAGGGAAGGAAAGCAACAUCCUGGAGACAAUGCCACCCCACUAGGAUCUCUUUACAUUAGAUAACAUUAACUCAAAGUUGUUUUUUUGUGGUUCGUUUGUUCCUAGAGAGGUUCUCUUUCCACCCCGCUCUCCUGGCACCAAAUCCUGGACUCUUUCCUUGAAUGGGAAAGGGAUUGGAAAGAUCCCACACUUUUCUUUCUAAAUUUCCCCCUGAACGACUGACUUUUCCCAACGACCUGGUCUUUGCCGUUGGAAAAAAAUCAAUUUUUUCGAAAAACCUUGUAGGAAACUUGAAAGUCCGAGACAAAAGGCAGGGAGGAGGGAAGUAUCGGCACUGCGUCGCAAUACUCCGCUAUUUUUCUUAUUAUUUUUUUAUUGAACGAUGCAAAGCAGUAACUUUGCGUGCAAUAAUCCUCAAAUUGAGCAAAAAAGGAGAGGAAACCGGGAAUCAAACGUGGUGUCGACCAAAGCAAUAAAACACACUAAGAAACUG